AUGGGUCAAAAGUCUGCCAACAUCACCAAGCAAUGGGCAGAUAGUCCUUUCGCGUUGAUCGAGACACCAAGAAAGAGACAUGGUAUCACCGACCCCUCAAAAGCCCACGGUGCGAUCAAUGCCGCAACAGAGAUGUGUUUAGUCCAUAACGUCUUAAUUCGUCAUCUGAACUGCAUAUACCUACAAGCACCUAAUGUUAAACUGGACAAAGACAUCGCCGACUUCGCUACAUUUAUCCAUGCGUGGUGUGUCAUUCUCGAAGGACACCACCACACCGAAGAGACACUUUUCUUCCCCUGGCUAGAGGAUUAUAUUGGUAUCAAGGACCACAUGGGGAAGAAUAUCGAACAACACCAUGCUUUCCAUCCAGGCCUGAAAGAACUAGAUGAUUACGCUACUGGUCUGACAGCAGGCAAAGAGACGUACGAUGGCGCGAAUGUCCGGAAGAUUAUUGAUAACUUCGGCCCUAUCUUGGCACAGCAUCUGAAAGAGGAAGUCGAGAGCUUGGAAGCGCUGGAAGAAUUCGGUGACAAGAUUGACUGGGUGACGUGGGGCAAAAGAGUUAGUGACCAUGCUGUCAAGCAUGGUGACACGGAUAUUGGGAUCCCAAUGUUUGUUACGAACAUUGACUAUUCUUUCGAAGCCCCAAUACAUGUGACCGUUUGGCCACCGUGGCCAUGGGUUGCUGGUGUGCUCUUUCGGUGGGUGUAUAUUCGUAAGCGGAAGGCUGUCUGUAGGUUUUCAUCGUGUGAUUCAUAUGGCAUGCCGAAGGAGUUGGAAUUUGUAUGA